AUGAGCUACCCACCACCCCAUAACGGCCCAUAUCCUUCGCAGUAUAUGCAGCAACCCCCCAAUCUGCCGCAUCACCAGCAGACCAUCCACCCGCAGCAGCUACUGUACAACAACAAUGUCAACGCGAGCGCUUCGCCAUAUCAAUAUGGGAAGCCGGUGGUCUACCCCCAGGUCAUGAUCCCGGCGUAUCCUGCUUACGCGCAGACUUAUAACCCGCAGCCGCCGCAACAACAGCAACCUCCUCCUCCACCACCUCAACAGCCUCCACCCCAGCAGCAGCCGCAACAGCAAUAUGUCAAUCCGUCGGAUCUGUUCAACCCACCACCACUUGCUUCUACCUCGCCUCCUCAGUUCACCAAUAGUCCGUCUCAAUAUGCCGCACAACCAGCGGCGUCUGUUGCAGGCAACAGCCGCUCCCCAGUCCUCCCUACUUCUACCCCCCCCCAAUCCACGUACUAUGCCGCCCCAGAUCUAAACCAAGCGAAUCAAACCCCCAACAAUUACCCUCAACCUACAUCCACUACGCCCUCAGUUCAAGUGCCGACUCCCGCUGCUGCUGCCCCUGCGGUCGCGGCCGCGGCUGCGUCUCCUGCCCCUGCUCCUGCUGCUAAACCGGUUGCUGCCAUACCCGUCCCCGUUAAGCCAGCCGCGGCCAAACCUGUCGCUCAAACUCCCCCGGCACCAUCCCCUAAGCCUGUACAGGUGUUAAUCCCAGCUCCUACCCCAGAAGUGCAGCAGAAAAUCCAGCGUCCUCCCCCCAAAAAGCAAGCACAGCGACAAACUGGCCAAAAACCUACACAAAAAUCAGCAGGCGCGCCGAUCGACUAUCAAGUGCUGCUGUUGGCCAUGGCUGAUGAGUAUCUGAAUGCUGCCCACAGUCAUGGCACGUUGGUAGCCUUGUUAAGACGGGAGAUGGAGAUGGACGAGUAUUACAAAUUAGUUGCUACAGGUCUUGGUUGCUUGGAAGCUGUUCUCAAGAACUGGCGGCUUCAGCCCCGGGUUGAAGCUCUAGUCCGAUUACGUUAUGCCCGUAUAUUGUUCGAGGAAACAGACAACGACCUUGAAGCGGAGACAGCAUUAAGCAAAGGUAUUGACCUUUGCGAAAGGAAUCGGAUGCUUGAUCUGAAGUAUAGCAUGCAGCAUCUGUUGGCGCGAAUGCUGUACAAGACGAAUCCAAAAGCCUCGCUGAAAGCUGUUGAUGGGAUGAUUCAAGAUGUCGAAGCGUAUCGCCACUCCGCCUGGGAAUACGCUUUUCGUUUUCUUCGAGUGUCUCUUUCACUUUCCUCAUCGGCCCAUCAAGAUUCAGUGUCGGCACUGCAACACCUUCACAAGAUUUCCACCAUGGCCAGCCGCAAUGGCGAUAGGGCUGUCUCAGCCAUGUCUGCGAUAAUCGAAGCUCUAGCGCACCUUCAGCAAGGAUCCGGGUUUGACUCGGUCGAGCAAGCCCAGCGUGCAGUAGCAGUAGCGCGGAGUCACCAACUUAACGACGAGCUCCGACAUAUCCCACAGCUAACGACUCUAGUCCAAAUUGUCGAUAUUUGCUGCAGUUUACUUGAAUACGACAUCAAUCAAUCAUCGCAAAAGCUGAAGAUGCUGCAAGAUUUGAUGGACGAACGCUUAAACGACUCGAAUUGGCGCAGCGAUGGAUCAUUCUCAAUUCCAUUGAAUGGCAAGUCGGCCGGACCGUCUUCCAUUGACACCGGGGACAUCCUCCAGGUCCAGAGUGGCACGCUGCUGUUAAGCUUUAAUUGGCUACCUCAGCACGAUCUCUACGCGCUUUGCUACUUCCUCAGUUCGAUCACACUGAGUUGCAAAAACUCGUAUGAUGGACGUAAGGCAGAGAAGUUCUUGCAGGAGGGCACUCGUAUGUUAAAGGGAAGUUUCAAGGCGCCACAAGAGAUCACAGAAUCGGUGGUUAAUGCGAACAGACGCGUUCAGUGGCGCAGGAUUCUAUACUGCAACCUGCUCGUUCAGCAGGUUUUCCUUGCUUGCGGUCGCACAGAUUGGGAGCUAGCCAGCAAAACAUUGAAGGAACUUCAAGAAGAAGGUCAGGAGCUUGGCGACCAGCUCCCAGAUACCGUUGAGUGCCUAAUGGAGUAUGCUACUGGUGCUAUUGCGCAAGCAACCGGCGACCUCACCGCAGCUCUGAACGCCUUUCAAUCCCCUCUUCUCUCGUUAUCCACGAACUUCAGCAAGACGGCGCGCAAUGAGCCACGCCGCGACAUCGCCAUUCUCGCCGCUCUCAACACCGUCCUCAUCCUCCGCGAUCCCACCCAUCCCUCUCACUCCCACCUACCCGCCGUCUUAUCUACUGUGGAAUCCUUCUGCACUGGCAGUCCCAACAAGUACAUCCAAGCAGCAUACUACCUGGUCUGCGCCACCGUCCAGACUGAGUCCACGAUCCAAACGAAGCAAUACCUACAACAAGCCCUCCAAUCCGCCACGGCAAUCAGCAACAGCCAAAUUACCUGCAUGACCCUAACCUUCAUGAGCUGGAAAUACUUUCGCGGCGUCGUCGGCGAACAAGCCGAGAAGAGUGCCCGAGCGGGCCGCGCCAUGGCUAAGAAAGCCAACGACCGGCUCUGGGUCAGCGUCACCGACGAAAUGCUAGCCGAAACGCUAGAACGUCAAGGAAAGAACGAGGAGGCCAAAGGCGUACGGGAAGAAGGUCAUCGCGUAAUGAUGGGAUUGCCGUCUGCUUUGAAGAGGCCUGUAUGA